GUCUAUGAGCCAAUCACAGUGUUCUACAUCAUUUAAAGUGGACUGCAGUGAAGCCACGCCCCCUUUUUGACAAGCAGGCCAACCAUGAGGCAAGAAUGAAACACAAGGAAGAGGAGGUUCUGACCUACAUCAAGUCUCAGCUGUAUUUCUGAUGUGCAGACAGUCAGCAGCGAGACAUCAUGGAGGUCACAGCUCUCUGCGUCAGACUGUGGAUGGAUGUGUUAGUGCUGCUGCUUGCACAAGUUAACCACAGUUACUUUGCUCAGAAAGCUGGUGCAGCGUUUCCUCAUGUUCGUCCAGACAGACUGCAGUUCUUUGAGUAUGAGAAACUCAGUGUAAACUGUGAGGAGUUCAGAGGGUUGACUGAAUGGAAAGUGAUGAGGAGGCUCAACAGAAGAAGUCCAACCGAUUCUUACAACUGGAACUCAUCGGCACCAUCCAGCACCAUUUAUCCUGCCUUUAAAGCACACAGUGGAGAAUACUGGUGUGAAGAUGGAGACGGGAACUCAAGCAGUGUUGUCAACAUCACCAUCACUGAUAGUUCUGUGAUCCUGGAGGUUCCUGCCCAUCCUGUGGUGGAGGGAGACGAUGUGAUUCUUCAUUGCAGUAAAAAAGAUUCUCAGUCGAAACACAUUUCUGAUUUCUACAAAGAUGGUUCCAAACUGGGGACCUGGUAUGAAAAGGACAUGAUCAUCCAAAAUGUUUCCAAAUCUGAUGAAGGACUCUACAAGUGCAGCAUCGCUGGAGCUGAAUCACCAGAGAGCUGGCUGACUGUCUCAAAUCAAACUGAAGUACCCCACAAAGAAACUCCUCCUUCCUACAGUCCCUCCUCUGAUCUGCCCCCCCUGCUGUGGAUCAUUGUCAGUGUUUCAGUGUUGGCUCUGCUGCUGCUGCUGUUGGUGAUGGGACUACUACUCUGUAAAAUGCGCAAAAUUCUGGUCUGUUUUUCACCUGGAAAACCAACACCAGGAUCGCACUCACCUGAAGAUCAUACAGUCUCAAGAGAGGACAGUGUCGUUGAUCAGCAUGUGACAUACUCUGCUGUCAGAAAACAAAGGAAGGAGAAAGGUGGUGGGAGUGCAGGUGAUCCAGACCUUGUGACAUAUGCUGUUGUGGAAAUCAAAAAGAAGAAGAAAGAGCGUGUCAUGUCUGGAGGAUGUACAGAGCCAUGCUCACCAGAUGAGAGUGUCGUCUAUUCUUCAGUCCACUACAGGCAACUGUCAUCUGCAUGAAGGACUGUGGAGAUGGUCUGUUCAGAGCUCGACUUCUGUAUGUUAAUGAACAACAGUCACACUCAGUGAUGUUACAGUAACUCAAAACCUUUUUUAAUUUCUUAAUAUUUUUUUAAAUUUGCAAAAAAAGAAGUGAAAAUGUCUGUACAAAUGUAUUAUUUUGUUAUAUAAAAUUACAGUUUGUUUUCUUUCA